AUGAACGUACCAUCACAAACACCGGUAGCCACAAACAGUCUGAUUUCAGUACUAUCAGAGGAGUGUGGCCUAACGAAGAUUGAUCAGAAUGAGGUGCUUAAAAUGUUUGAAUCAAAGUUAGUACCUGUUCAAGUCGAAGUGAACGAUGAUUGGUUGCUCGACUUUGCGAACAAUAAAGCCCUGAGUUAUGGUACAUUAUUUUCAGACGAAAUCCAGAAAAUCACUUCUGCGUUUUCCUCACAAGUCGAUGUCUUAAAUUUAUAUGCGGAACAUUACGUCAAUGAAAUGAAAAAGCUCUUGGACACACAGGCUAAGAGGAGAACAGUCGCGCAAAAUGAAGUGACAACAAAAGUUGCACUGGUCAGAAGUCUCUUUGAGAAUAUAUAUAACCACUUGAAAGCACUCUUAGUCCAAAGUUUAAAGAAGUGUUUUGACACAGAAAACCUCCCCUUGCCGGUAGGGUUUCCAAAUAUCACAACCGAUUUUGGGCAAACGCAACACUUCUACACCAACUCGCAACAGAGCGUUGUUGAGAACACGCCACAGUUCACACAGGCGACACAAAACACAUUUCAAUUUACACAACAAAUGACACAAGACACCAAUUUUGUGAAUCAGUUUGAAACACAAGAAUCGUUUGUAGCGCAACCCAUGUUCAAAAACGGGAGAAACUACUUGGACAAGAGAAGUAAAGCUAUUUUGAAGAAGUGGUUUAACGAACACUACGCAUACCCAUACCCAUCAGAUGAGGAGAAAGAAGUGAUGGCCGCCCAAUGUGGUAUCACCAUGAAACAACUGAACACGUGGUUUUCAAAUUACAGAAGUAGAAGCAAGAAGAGAGCACAGCGGACGAACUGA